AUGUCUGCAGACGAAAAUUCACCGAGAUGGAGCAUACCAAGGCAAAAAUGGACCGACGACGGACGAAUGCUGCUUGACCCAGAGGCCAUGCAGUACGACUCUUUCUUUCACGACUUCGUCGUCGGCUUCGCCCGGCUGAUCCUCAAAACCUACCGCAACCUGAGUGGGAUGGACACCAGGCCAUUCGAGGAGACCGGCAUGUACUACAUCUCCGCGCAGCCGGGACACACGAGACGCUGCUGGUGUCCGCAGCUCCACGAUGAGUCUCAAAAGGCAAGCUGCCCAUUUCUCACGCACCAACCAGGCGACAAGGCGCAUCUAUUUAACCCCAUAGGAGUAGGACUUAAUCGCUCCAUACGUCCUUGCCCCGACCCAGAGACUUGCCACAGCGCGACCCACGAGAGCCGCCAUCCUUGCAGAAAUGUGGUAUACACCACGUACAGAUACAUGUACUGGUUUAUCACGCACCGAGUCCCUCUACACGACGAGCGCGCGAUGAAAGAGAACAUCCCAGAAGACAUCGAUUACUAUCUAGAGGAUGUGUUCAGAAAGGCCAGCCUCGCAUCAGGCGAUGACGACGGGCUGGAGUCCGACCCGUACUGGCUAUACAGGAAGGCACUCGUCUGGGGGCUGCUCUGGGAGCUCGAGAAUCCCGAAGGCGCGUGCCCCCAGGACUCGAGGACGUCCAGCGUACCUUGGGAAGAGAACGAGGAAUGGGUGCGGAGGCCGCUGCGGUUUCUUAAACAUCAGGACAAGAUGUUGUUGAGGCGGCUCUUCAACGAGUUCACCUCGUCCUACCGCUACCGGGAGGAAUACGGGGUCAAUAUUGGAGAAAUCGAUUUGUGGACGGAGGUUCUGCCCCGCGAGAUGUGCUGGAUGUCAAUCGAGUGUAAUAAGAGUAUCCCAGAAACCAGUGCUCCCAAUCCAGAUGACAAUUCUGAGGCGGCACCCCGUGGUAACCUCAAGCGACCCUUUCCUUACGGUGACUCGGACAGCCAGUCCUUGGAACCAAACAGCAAGAAGAGGAAUCCGUACCGUGAGAUGUCGUGGAUGUCAAUCCCAGAAACCAGUAGUCCUACUUCAAAUGACAAUCCUGAGACACCACGUGCUAAGCUCAAGCGAUUCUUUCCUUACAGCGAAUCAGACACUUACUUCUUGGACCGACAUAGCAAGAAGAGGAAGCGCACGGGUUAA